CGUUAAGGCGUUGCACAUAUAGGAAAUAACGUUGCAGCAUGGCUCGUGAGCACCUGGAGUUUAGCAGAGAGCAGUUUAAUCAGUGACGGAUCUGCGAUGGUCCAGCGUGGCUGAGGACUGAGACCACCGAGGACUACACACACACACUUAUACCCACAAGAGUUCUCCAUGAUGUCGAAGGUGAAGCCGAAGACAAACGACUCUGCAGCCAAAACAAAACCGCCUGUGUCGAAAACUAUAAACAUCAACAACGCGAAGAAGAAAAAUAAAUUCUGGUAUGAGGAGAAGGUGAAAACGAGGAGGCCUCAGUCAAACAAGCAAGUGUUACCUCCAACAGAUGCCCAGCACUUCUCUGCCAACUGGAAAGCUUUGCAGGAGAAGUUAAAAUCCACCCCGCCGGAGCAGAAACAGCCGGUGACACCGAAACCUCAGAAUGGAGCGCUGCCAAAAAAGAAGGCUAAAGAGAACUCUUCUAAAGAUACGUCCAAGAUCGAUAACACCGGUCCAGCGCAGACAGGCGCUGGGAAGAAAGGGAAACCCAAGAGCACGUCUAACAGUGUUGUCUCCAAGGACAACUUGAAGGUUCCCGAUAUCUCGCAGACAAAACCGUCUACUGCCCCGAAAAGGAAAGGAGACGGUGGGAAGUCAAACAGCGCGCAUGCAGCCAAGAGAAAGAAGCCUGUGGUCGAAGAGACGAAACUAACAGAAGACGACCUGUGGUUUGAUGACGUGGACCCCGACGACAUCGAGGCGACAGUGGGAGCCGAGGCAGCGGAGAUCAUGAGGAAGAAGCAGGGCAUCAGGCCGCCGAAGGACGCAGAGAGCGCCCUGGUCAAGGAGAAAGCCUUUGAGGGCCUCACCAGAGCGGUGGCUAUCGAUUGUGAGAUGGUGGGAGUGGGUCUGGACGGAGAGGACAGCAUCUUGGCGCGCGUGUCCCUCGUGAACCACUUUGGGAAAUGCAUCUAUGACAAAUACGUCAAACCCACCGAGAAGGUGACGGACUACAGGACGGCCGUCAGCGGCAUCCGACCAAAUGACAUCAAAGAUGGAGAGGAUGUGCACACCGUGCAGAAGGAGGUAGCUGAGAUCCUACAAGGCCGAAUCGUGGUUGGACAUGCCAUACACAAUGACUUAAAGAUUUUACUCUUGGAUCAUCCAAAAAAGAAAAUCCGGGACACUCAGAAGUAUAAACCUUUCAAGAAGAGAGUUAAGACGGGUCGACCCUCACUGAAAGUUCUCUGUAGAGAAAUCCUCAACGUGAAGGUCCAGCAGGGUGAACAUUCAUCUGUCCAAGACGCCCAGGCCACCAUGAGGCUGUACACGAUGGCCAGAAAACAGUGGGAAGCCGAGAUUAAAGCCAGUCACCAGAACAAACACUUAGACAAGAAAAGUGAGAGAAAACCCAGGUCCCCUAAGAGCAAAGGCAAGAAGCCCACGGGCUUAUGAACUGAGAGCCAAUCUGCAUGAGGACAGAUCAUCUCCGAUCAUCAGAAUAGUUACCGCGAUUCUCAAGAUCUAUCACAAGAGAGUGAUGAAAAACAAACCAUUCGGAAUACAGAAUAAAUGUGUGACUCAGCCUGAGACCUUUAGUUCCAGGAUGCAAAGGACUUGGUUGUUUCACCAGGACUUCAGCAAACCCAGGAUUGUUGUGUGUCUAACAUCUGUGAGAGAUCGGAGCUUUUAUUAACACUGAACCUUUCUGCCAGACACCCUCUCCCAGUUUUACUCCCAGGAGCUAGACACUGGUGUUCCAGAGCUCUCUGUCAAGGAGAAGCUCUCUCUGAGGUGUUUAAAAUCAUGUCUCCAGUGUCACAGAAUUAAUGGUUGAUAUUGCGCUGUGGUCUGAGACUCAGUCCCGGUGAGUGUAUCAGUAUUAAUAUGAGCUGGAAGUAGCUCCUGUUCCCUUCAGAGGAUAAGUGUUAUAGAUGAUGGAUGGAUGGGCCCACGUCUGGUAUGAAUUGUUUAGAUGUUCGGUUUGUGAUUUGAUUCCUUGUUGCCUCAAGAGUUGUAUGUUUGGAAAAGUGUAACUAAAACACAAGAUCUCUU